CUAUCAUAGGCAUCCGCAAAAUGGAAGGGGAACAAUUUUUAUGUUUCCAUUCUCUGCCUCUUCUUGAAAAUGUAAUGAGGGGGAGGGGCAUAGUCAAUAUUAUUUUUUGUUGUUCAAAAUACACAUGACAUGCUGCAUGCAUGCUUCUACCCUGUCCUUCAUGUACUGCCUUGCAAUUUUAAAUUUAAGUAAACAGUUUAGAAAAAAUAAAAAAAAUAAAAAAAAAAUCUGCUAAUCAAAAAUGUAAAAAAAAUUGAAAUUAUAAUUAUUUGAAAUUUUAUUCCAAUAACUAGACAGCUAAUCUGUCCGAUAUGCAUCUGGCGUAACAGCGAUGCUGCAUUUCUUAAACUGUCUUUGCACAUAGCUGACAUCACUCGCUAACAUCACCUGUGUAGUGUAAGAGUUGAUGCCCACUCCCAUGCAGAUUUGCACUGUUGGCUGUUCACAAUAUCAUAGACAGAGGUGGCAUACCCAAAAUGAAGCACAUAAUCAGAUUCCUGUUUCAAGAAUGAAAACGUUUCUCUUUUAUGGAUAUCUCCUUGGUUUAACUCUUGCAUCACCAAUCACAAUAUCUCAAGAACGCAAAGAAGGUCUGAGGAGGAUUGACAAUCACGAGAAUAAUGGAGAUCAUCAUGAAAACUCUGCCAACAAACAGAUGCAGCCAUAUAGAACAGAAAUACCUAAAAUGAAUCCCACAAUGCACCGGUCAUUAAAUGACAAUAUUAUUGGUAUGCAAGCCAAGAAGGACGAUUCAGGGGUCAGGAAACAAACAUCCAACAUAGAGAUAAGAAGAAGUCCCAAAAUAAAGAUCCAACAUAGAAGAGAUCUGAGUCACCUGCCCCAAAAACUUCCAAAAAAGAAAACCGGUGGAAAAAAACCCAGGCCAAAUAAAAUCAUUCAUUCAAAUCAAAAUGUUUAUAACACAUCAAGAAAAAUACCUAAAAAUGACAUGUUGAAACACAAACUGGUAAAAGGAAGCAUUAUGAAACAAUUACAAAAAAGAAGCAUCGACUAUGAAGAUACUCCCAGUGAUCCUUACCAGUCACCAGACAUUUCCUAUGACUGGGACUCACAAGAAAGUUUCAAAGAGAAUGAUGAGUCACAAGAUCAAAAUGAGUCUGUGGGAUGGACCAAAAAUGCAGAAGAUUUCUCCUCAAAUAUCACAGAUACCACUGACUCAAGUGAAUCUGAUCCCAUUAGUUCGAAUGAGUCAGGCAACCCCACAGGUUCCCCAGAAUCUAGCAAUCCCUCGGGGCCAAAUGAAGCUGAUAGUUCAAAUGAGUCUAGUUACAAUACUGAAUCAGAGGACUCUUUCAGUGAUGUCAUUAAUAACGCAAUUGUUUUAGAAGAAGAAAGUGACCCUUUAGAAUCGGCUGAGCCCAAUGUACAAAACAGUGCUUUCACGACUCCAGUAACUGAGAGCAACAAUGAGCAUAGUAAAUCUAGGUCCUCAAGUGACUCAGUGAGUCAAGAUACAUCAAGUCAAUCCAAUGAGCCUGAUGAAUCUAGUAAAUCAAGUGAUUCUGUUUCCAAUGAAUCUAGUAAUUCAAGCGACUCGAAUGUCCCUAGUCAUUCCACAGAGUCCAUCACACACUUAGAAUACAGCGCAGAAAACAUGGAAGACACAGGUGUGAUAGAAGAAAAUGAUGUGAUAGAAGAAAAUGAGAUACAUCGAUGACUCAAUUGCAUCAUCAGUGUUACUAUAAAUGUAGGGAAUCAAACCUUGAGCAUUGUGUACCAGUUGGUAGAUGGUACUUUAUCAUUCUGUAAUCUUAUAUUAACCACAUGGUUCAUAUGACACUACUUUGUAUAAGGAAAAUAUAUCCAUUUCAAUA